ACGCCCAUUUAUUAUUGUGUGUGAGAGGUGGAGAGAGAGAGUUACUACCAUAAUGACUUCUUUAAUCCAGAAUAUAGGCAGAUUAGCUGUGAGGACGUUCCGGCGUGACCCCAAAUUACCAGCAGGAGCAUUUACCAGCCACUACGAACAACUGUACAAUCUGUUAAAUGCCGUGACGACCCAGGAUAUUAACUUAGACCUCGGACUGUUGCAUGACCACGGCGCCUUCACUGCCAGCAAGGACGGAGCUCCUGUUACUUAUAUGCAGUUGUACGAGAACAGUGACGUAACAAUCUGUGUGUUCAUCCUGAAGAAUGGAGUACGACUACCACUGCACGACCAUCCGGGAAUGUAUGGCCUCUUGAAGGUGGUUCAUGGUGCCGUGUCAGUUCAAAGUUAUAGUUUCAUUGGAGACACAACCGUAGAAGGACCACAAAGUGGGCUAAUGGGUAGCCCAACUCUCUCUGACAUUUUACCUGCAACGAAACACCAACUGCUUAAAGUGUGUGCAAGUGAUCCUGCAUGCCGACUCUGUCCCGGUGAGCAAAAUAUACAUGAAAUAUAUUCUCUAGAUGGACCGGCAGCAUUUCUCGAUAUCUUGUCACCGCCAUACGGAACGGACGAACGUUUUGGUUUGGAGCGAGACUGUCAUUAUUAUCAAGAGAUAGAAAGUAGAUGGGAAGUUUCACAAAGAGAGAGUAACCUUGUUUGGCUCGUUAACGUACCCACCCCGAGUGAUUUUUGGUGCGAUCAGACAGAAUAUAAAGGACCCAUAAUUAGUGAGGAUGGUGAUGAACACGGCUCUUAAGAUCAUACAUAAUUCUUGAUAAAAUAUGGUUUUAUUUUUUACAACACUGAUGAAGUUAAUCAACAGUGGAUUGUGAUUCUUCUACUGUAAUACAGUUGUCUGUCCAAUUUAAAUGUUUUGUUAGGGAUAUGGAUUUACCAAGAUAUUAAUACAAUGCUCUGACCAUUAUAAGCUGUAAUGAUGGCCAAAUUGACUUUGGGUGAUUUUUUAUAUCAAUAGGAGCACAACUUUCUAUGUCAUCUUAGAAGCUAACAUUAUGCAGUUUUUUAUCUUGAUAAAAAUAUUGCAAUCUCAGGAAGUGAUAAGUCUUAUUGCCACACAAACUGGGUUUGGUCAAACAAAAGUUUUGAUAUAGACGCAUGCUUCUCACAUUCUCUAGUCCCGUACUGCAUAUAAUUUUUGGACAUAAAUGUUACAAUGAAAAUAAAGCAGACAGUAACUACAUUAAUAUAUAUGUCGGCAACUUUAAAGUACGACUUUCCACUGAUCUUGGUAAUCCUGUUAACGCUAGUCAGCUGUGUAGUGUUUGUGUGUUGGCUGAGAUGAUGAUUGUACACCCACAACAAUGAUUAUGUUCAUCUUAUUUAUUGUGGAUUGUUAUUUUAUACUUUAUUUCAAAAAAGGAUCUUAUCAGAGUUGUUUGCCUGAGGUACCUACUGUUGUAACAUUAAGCACCUCAGGUACCUACUGUUGUAACAUUAAACACCUUAGCUACCUACUGUUGUAACAUUAAGCACCUCAGGUACCUACUGUUGUAACAUUAAGCACCUCAGGUACCUACUGUUGUAACAUUAAAUACCUUAGGUACCUACUGUUAUAACAUUAAACACCUUAGGUACUUCCUGUUGUAACAUUAAACACCUUAAGUACUUCCUGUUGUAACAUUAUACCCUUAGGUACUUCCUGUUGUAA